GCGCUUGUGGCGCACAGCAAGCAGGGUGAGGUCCGUUUCCCCCGCGGCGGUGGUGUGGUGACGCCAUCGCCCGGCGCCAGGGCUGGUCUGAUUUUUUCGUAAACCAAUUUUUUUGCAGAGGCGAAGUGCAAAGAAGAACGACAGCGAGCGAUUGAUAUUCAGAGCAGCCGACAAAUUAAUUGAGAGUAACAGCAAUUUGCAAGAUUUUUCAACGCCUUGAAAAAAGAACUUUCCUUUGGUCAUGGAUUCCAUACCUGAUCCGUCCAAUCAGAGAGCACUGCGAGGCUCCUCCCGCUCACCUAGGUCACCAGGCUCCGCCUCCCAGUCCCAGAAGAAAGUUGGUAAGAAGGGCAGCCAGAAUUCAGGGCUGCAGGAAGAGAAGAAGAAAGGGAGGAUGAACAGAAGCCAUGGAGAAGAGGAGAUGAUCAAGCAGCUCGGACACCUGGAUCUCAGGAGCUCUCCUGUGGGUGUAGGUACCGGGCUAGUGUUCACUGAGAAAUGCAAAGAGUACAGCUGUCUGUGGGAUGCCAGCCACCCGGAGUGUCCAGACAGACUGACCGCAGUGAUGGAGAAGGUGGAGCAGUACGGGCUGCUGUCACGCUGUGCACGGGUCGAGGAAAGAGCUGCAACAGAAGAAGAGCUGUUGCUGGUUCACAGUCCGGAGUACGUGGCGCAGAUGAGAUCCACUCAGCACAUGGGACAGGAGGAGCUGCAAUCCCUUUCUGACACAUUCGACUCCAUCUAUAUUCACCCUGAGUCUUUUCACUGUGCCUGCCUGGCUGCAGGGUCUGUGCUGCAGCUUGUGGACACAGUGAUGACAGCCCAGCUUCGAAACGGCUUCUCCAUUGCCAGACCACCUGGGCACCACGCCCAGAGGGAUCAGAUGAACGGCUACUGCAUGUUCAACAACCUGGCCAUCGCCGCGCGCUAUGCCAAGCAGAGAUACCACCUCACGAGGAUCCUCAUUGUGGAUUGGGAUGUUCAUCAUGGCCAAGGACUGCAGUAUAUAUUUGAGGAUGAUCCCAGUGUUCUCGUCUUCUCAGUUCAUCGUUAUGAAGACGGGCGCUUUUGGCCCCACCUGCAGGAAUCUGACAGUACUGCAGUCGGAAAAGGAAAAGGAGAGGGCUUUAACAUUAACCUACCCUGGAACCAGCCUGGAAUGAACGAUGCUGAUUAUAUCUCAGCUUUUCAACAGCUUCUCCUGCCCGUCGCGUACGAGUUCAGGCCUCAGCUGGUGCUGGUCGCGGCUGGGUUUGACUCUGUGGUUGGGGAUCCAAAGGGGGAGAUGUCUGCCACACCAGCGUGCUUUGCUCACCUGACACACAUGCUGCAGUUACUGGCCGAGGGCAGGCUGAUCCUGUCUUUGGAGGGGGGGUAUAAUCUGAGGUCGACCGCGGAGGGGGUGUGCGCCUGUUUGAAGAUGCUUUUGGGGGACCCCUGUCCCAGACUGGAGUCCCCUUUCUCUCCCUGUCAGAGUGCUUUGGACUCAAUCUCCAAGACAGUGGCUGCCCAUCGCAAGCACUGGAAAUGCCUGCAGGUUCUGGAGCAAGGCCAGGAGACUGGGAGCUGUGAUUUGAACCCGGGUCCUGCGGUGGAGUCGGACGCAGUGCUGGACCGCUCCAUGAGGGAGGUGAUGAGGGGACUGCCCCCAGCACGCACAGGCCUGGUGUACGAUGAGAGGAUGAAGGAGCAUCACAACAUGUGGGACAGUCACCACCCAGAGCUGCCUCAGAGAAUCUCUCGUAUCUUCUCCCGUCACGAGGAGCUGGGAUUGGUCAGCCGUUGCCAACGGAUACCGGCUCGCCACGCCUCCGAGGAAGAGCUCGCCUUGUGCCACGGCACUGAACACAUCUCCAGGAUGAAGUCGACGGAGGGGAUGAAGCCCCGGGACCUGCACAGGCAGAGUGAGGAGUACAACUCCAUCUUCAUCAGCCCGCAGUCCUACCAGAGCGCCCUGCUCGCUGCGGGAGCCAGCUUCAACGCAGCCGAGGCCAUCCUCACUGACAAGGUCAGGAACGCGGUGGCCAUCGUCCGCCCCCCCGGUCACCAUGCCGAGCGAGACUCUGCCUGCGGGUUCUGUUUCUUCAACACUGUCGCGCUGACAGCUCGAUACGCCCAGCGCCUGUCCGGGAGAGAACUGAGGGUUCUGAUUCUGGAUUGGGACGUUCACCAUGGCAACGGAACGCAGCACAUCUUUGAGGAUGACCCCAGCGUGCUGUACGUGUCGCUGCAUCGCUAUGACAACGGGCUCUUCUUCCCCUCCUCGGAGGAUGCGGGUUCCGACCGGGCGGGGAGGGGGAGGGGUCUGGGGUACAACGUCAACAUCCCCUGGAACGCCAGCAAGAUGGGCAACCCAGAAUACAUUGCGGCGUUCCAGAGAGUCGUCAUGCCCAUCGCAUACCAGUUUGACCCGGAGCUAGUUCUGGUGUCGGCCGGAUUCGACGCAGCGCGCGGUGACCCGCUGGGCGGUUGUCAUGUGACCCCGGAAUGCUACGGUCACAUGACCCACAUGCUGCAAGCCUUGGCUGGAGGACGUGUGCUGAUCGUGCUGGAGGGUGGGUACAACCUCUCCUCUAUCUCUGAGUCCAUGUCCGUGUGUACCAGCGUUCUCUUGGGGGACAGCCCCCCCGACCUGGGUCAGCUGACCCCUCCCCACCCUAGCGCUGUCCAAUCACUGCACAGCGUCCUGCGCACGCACCGAUCACACUGGAGCGCCCUGCGACUCGCCGUUCCAGAAAGCGUGUCGUCAAGCUUGCCCACCCCCAGCCAGAAAGGUCAAAGGACCAAAGCCAAAAAGUCACCCAGACAGGAAGUGACCCCGCAGAAACGCUCGCCCGGAGAGGACACACACCCUUUGACCCCAGAAGGGGCGGCGACCCCUGACAACAGCCCCUCCGUGAGCCCUGCGGCCGUGGCAACGGUUGCCGACGACUCUGUUGAUCAAAUCACAGCGGGUCUGCAGUCAGUUGCCCUUGGAAACAGUCCUGAAAAUCAGACCAAUCAGAGCCCUGCUUCCGUGGCUGUGGGCGGAGCCAGGAGGAAAGUGAAACCCGCCUCCCCAGAGGGCGGGGGGAAAGGUCAAAGGAAGAGGUCGGGUGGGGGUGAAAGUUCAAAGGGCACACCGUCGACCCCAGGAAAGACAGAGGUGGUGGAAUUGAAAGAAAGUGCUGGGAAGAUGGAAAGCACAGAGCCCCCCUCCCUCCCUGCUGUUGCCGGGGACGAAAAGGAGACGUUGCUGGAGCUGGCCUCUGGCUGGUCGACCCCCCUGAAGUCUCAGUCAAUCUGUGAGGUGUUUUGCAAAACCCAGGAUAUGGAAGAGGGGACGAUGUUCGCUGUGGAGCCGUUGCCAUGGUGCCCGCACCUGGAGACGGUUAACCCCUUGCCUGCCGCGGGGCUGGAUGUGUUCGGGCCAUGCAGAGACUGUGGGAGCGAGGCUGAGAACUGGGUCUGUCUGGUGUGCUAUCAGGUGCACUGCGGUCGCUAUGUCAACCAGCACAUGAUGGAACACAGACAGAGCUCCGCCCACAUGCUGGUGUUGAGCUUCUCUGACCUGUCCGUCUGGUGCUACGGCUGUGAGGCCUACGUCCAUCACCAGGUGCUUCACGAUGCGAAGAACGCAGCACACAGGAUCAAAUUCGGAGAAAACAUGCCGGGACUUCAUUAAAAAAAAAAAAAAAAAAAUCAAAGAGAAGAAAAUUGAUUUCUUUGAUCGCUACGGGACGUUCAAAAAAAAAAGGAUCAGAAUCGGAAUCCUGCUGAGCUGGAAGAGUCUGCUGUCUUUUAGGUCACUGUCCACUCCAGUAUUUUAAAAUUUGAAUCAGGUUGUUCUAAAGGUUCCGAGCUGUGCUGCCAUGGCGAUAUAUCUGCUUGGAACACUUGGUUAGCCAAUGAGAUCGCUCCUUCUAUUCUUGCUGUUUUAUAAUGAACGAGACUAUUAUUAUUAUUAUUAUUAUUAUUAUUAUUAUUAUUAUUAUUAUUAUUAUUAUUAUUAUUAUUAUGCAUACUGUUGUAGUUAUUUUAUCUUAUUUUUUGUACUGUUACCAAAAAAUAUAUGAAAACAGUACUGGCAAUAUACAUUCAUUGCAGGGAUGGUAAUCAGACUCCUAUUGCACAGCAGUUUCACCCAGUCCAGGUUUUACUACCAGCUUGAUUAGCCCCCAGUGUGUCUUAAAAUAACCAUUUCAUGCAUGGAAUAUUAAAAAUAGCUGUUAGGUUUUGGACACAUAAUAACUAUGGGGUUAAACUCUUAGCAAAACCAGGAUCGGAUCACACUGCGAUGCAAUAGGAGUCUUGUUGCCAUCCCUGCGGUUUUGAAAGAAUCGUUGUCAUUUAGAGAAUGUUGUUACUUCACUUGUCUUGUAAAAAGAUUCCUUCCUGGUCCUCUCUCUGUUAACCUGUCUACUCAAAUACAAUCGAAGUUUUGCUAAACUAA